CAUGCUGGGUGCCAGCUGUGGCCACGUGUGCACCUGGAACAAGGAGUGGUGUGACGCCCUCAUGGUGCAUGUCUGGUGCCGCCAAGGCCAGUCACUCCUCUCCUUUCCCCUGUUUAAGACUGGUUCACAUUUUAUCCCUGCUUGAGGAAAUAUUGCUGAGUCUUUGCUGAAUGCAUGGCUAAGCCCUGCCAGUGCUGAGGUGGGAAGACAAAGGCCCUGCCCCCUAUGCAGGAUUGAGUCAGCAUUUUACCAAUUCCUUUGUGAAACCUCUGGAACCAGGUGGAAACAUUUGACAGAAACGUGGCUCCCAUAAGCAUCUGACUUUACCAAGUGGAAGAUGUAUUGGACAAGAUUGAAAAGAAACCAGCGAGUUAAUGUGAGGGGAUCAUGCAGCAGUUACUGUUGGAGCUGGAUGAUGCUGGCCUCCAGGUGGAGAACAUCCAUGGCCAAGCCCUCAUUUUGAUGAACAGCAGAGUGGUCUCCAGCAGGGAAUUGGUCAAACCCAAGCUAGCUGAACCUAAAAAAAAUUUUGAGACGGUGUCUCAGCAUAUCAGAAUUGCCAACCUCCCACAGGGGACCCAUUAGAGGACAUUUCUCAUGCCAAGGCAGAUGAAGAGGACCCAUCAAACAUCAAGUGUUUCAUUUCCUCAAGAAGAAGAGGAAAAGUAGCUCCCCUGGAGGAUCUGACAGAGGAGGCUCCUGGUGACAGGGUGGAUGAGGAGUCCCUGCCUGAUGCCAAGGUGACCUUGAAAGCAAGCAGAAAUGAUGGCCACUCUGCAGCUCACACCAUGCUUGCUCCCCAGAAGCAGCUGAUGGUGGCAGUUACCAGUGACCAAGAGGAUGAGGAGACCCUACCUAAUGAAGAGAUGCCACCUGGAGCAAGUGAAAAUGAAACCCCUGAGUGCCUGUUAGAGGAGCCUCAUGGUGACACGGCAGAUGAGGACAUUCCAUCUAAUUCCAUGGUGGGCUCAGAGUUGAGUGAAAAUGCUCCCACCAAGGGCCUACUCAAGGAACUUCUGCAGGCCACAGCAGUAGAGGAGGCCCCAUAUUAUUCUGAGGUGGCCCGGAUAAUAAACCCCAAUGAUUGGCUGGCUUAUCGGCGAUAUUCCAGCAGUGAUGAAGAUGACAAUCCAGGCGAACGCAUCACAGUUACUGCCCUCGUCCAUUCAGAGGCAUUCUUUACAGAUUCAGAGGAUUCUGAUGGAGAAGACAAUUUCCAUCUCUCUACUGUCUGUCAGGAGGAGGAGAACAUAAACGAGAAACAAGAGGAAAAUGAAGAGGAGAAGAACAUAAGCAUUACUGAGCUUACUGGGGUGGCUGCCAUUGAGCAGGAACGUGGAACUGGGGACAAGACCUGGAUGGUCAAAAUAAGUGCAGAUACUACCCCAGAAAAUGACAACAAUGGCGAGAUGGAGACCUCAGUCUGAGCCUUAAAGCCUCUGGACAUAAUGUGGUGGUUUGCAGUUGACAUCAGAGAAGAUACAAAGGAAACAGCCACCUCAUGCUUAUCCCCUUACAAUCUCUUUUGCUAGUCAAACAAUUAAA